AUGUCGGUAUGCAAGAAGCAGCAAUGUAAGAGCAGGAACUAUGUCAAGACAGAUGUGAAGAGGAACUACCCUAGAAAACGUGAAGUUAACAAGCAGGACUCAUUUGCUAACAGCCCACUUCACAAUGCCUGCAAGAAGGGCGACUUGAAACGGGUGAGACGCAUCCUGUCCCGGGGUUUGGUCGACAUGAACAUCAGAGACGAGAAGCAUGGAGGGACACCACUCAUGGUGGCAGCACAGGAGGGACAUUGCAGAAUAUUCUCCUAUCUCAUCAGAAAUGGGGCUGACAUGGCACAAGUGGAUAAUGAUGGUAAGAACAUCCUUCACUGGGCAUACAAGGGUGGACAUAUGGGUGUGGUAGAGUGUGUACUCCCACUGUACGGUGUUGAUAUUAACAGCAUGCAUCAUCCCGCCAUUAAGCAGGCUGCAUGGGGGGGGGGACAAAUAGACGUUGUUGAGUUCCUCUUGUGUAUGGGAGCAAAUGUGUCACAAGUGGAUGACGGUGGCAGCAGCGUUCUGCACUGGGCCUGCAUGGCCGGACAUGUGAGCAUGGUGCAGUAUCUGCUCUCACAGGGCAGUGUUGAUAUUAACAGUAGAGGAUUUGACGGAAUCACCCCCUUGAUGGUGGCUGCACGAUUUGGACAUGUUCUAUUUCCUGGAAGAUUCGGAAGGACCCCGUUGAUGAGGGCAGCGUAUGUUGGACGGAUAAAUGUAUUUGACCAACUUGUGAAGAAAGGUGGUCUUACUCGCUUAGUUGAUGACAACGGUAAUAACAUCCUUCAUCUCGCCUCAUUAGGUGGACGUGUGGGGAUGGUGAAGCAUAUCCUCUCACUUGACAUGGCCGACAUUAACGCCAGGGACAAGGAUGGGAAAACAGCAGCUAUGAUAGCCAAGCGUAAAAGAAAACUUAACGUGUAG